AUGGAGUCGCUCGACAUGACACCCUUCGACGUCAACUGGGUGUUAAUUGGCUACAACCUCGCUUUCGCCACCAUUCUCCCUAUAUCUGGUGCCAUUGUCGACAAGUACGGACUGCGCUUUGGUUUCCUUUUCGGAACUGGGUUUUUGACCUGGGCGAGUGCGCUAUGUGCUGCAACGCCGAACCGAUACGGGCUCAUUGUUGGGCGGGUGUUUUGUGGCAUAGGUGCUGCAAUGAGCACGGCUACUGGACCUCCCAUCAUCACUCAUCUGUUCGCUGAUGAGAAAAAGCGUACGAAAGGACUGUCGCUGCUCAUUAUGUGUGGACCUCUAGGCAUGAUUUCCGGCAUGAUUCUUGGUGCACUCCUCGUCGGUCAGUCGCAAUAG